AUGGAUGCCUAUCUCUGGUCGCAUUCGGCCUCUCAAUUGACUUUCUAUUUAAGUUUGACCAUAACGUCUAAUUUCUGUGACGGUUUGCUUAUCCGUCUGCCCAGCUCCCCGACUGUCAGGCUCCCAAAGUUGUACUGGUUUAUUCGAAACGGACAUCACCGACUGACAACGUCUUCGCUUGAUUUCCGAAAUCCUCCCACCCCUUUUCUCCGCGAGAUCUCUUCUCCUCUGGUUAACGAUAGGCCCUUGAUCCGAGCGUCUCCUUUUUACUUGUCCCGUCGUAUCCUCGUCAUUUCCGAGCUUGAUUAG